CUAUAGCUUAGUCUUUGUGUCACAUUAUUAUCUAGACUCUGCUGUAGGCGUGUAGUCGCGUUCUUUUUUCUGUCAAUUGCCCUGCUGCUUAACCUUCGGUUUUAUCGUUUGAAUUUAAAACUUAACUUGAGAAAUCCAUUCGAGCUAAACCAGAAAUUCAUUUUGGUGUAAAAUGAACAGACCCAACGAAUUUGUGAGUGCCGGCUACCCCUCAGGUGAUGGCGCAAUCGUUUGACAGCCGGUAACGAUGGGUCCUAAUGGUCAUCCUAAUAAUAAUGUGGUAACGGACGGCCGCAAACCAGCAAGGUAUCCCGGCAUGCCGACCAUUGCCAUCAACAUUUUUUCGGCUUGCUGCAUCUUACUGGGCGUUGCUUCCAUCGGCGUACAGAUUGCGGCGUUGGUGAUCUAUGCCGAGUAUGUGUACAACUACAUUUAUUUCUCUGCCGACGUCGCCGGAACCGGAAUCCUGUCCGGUUCCUUCUGCGUGAUAGCCGGAAGUUUAGGAAUCGCUUCCACCAAGAAACGGACUAAAUCGCUUUUGGUGUGGGCGGUGGUGAUGUCGGGGCUUUCGGUUGCCUUUUCCGUUGCUGCCUCAAUCCUGUUUGGAAUAGCGGCUUCUGAAUGGAAUUACUGCUACUAUUACGUGUACCUAUGUAACACUUGGGUUUCUUUGGAAUGGAGUCUCAUGGGGAUCAACAUAGCGGUUUCGAUCGAUUCAAUUGUUUUGCUCGUUCUGACGUCCGUGUCCGUUUGUUGCGGCAGACGCAGUAACAGCACCGCCAGGAACAAUCAGCAGGGAAUGUUCUAUGGAACGGCAAUGGGCCAGCAGCCGGUCUACUUCCAGCCGCAACCAAUGCAGCAGCAGCAACCGAAUUACCAAAUGGCCUACGUCCCUCAACAGAUUCCACAACAGCCUCCUCAAAUGCAUUUAGUUGCGGCCCCAACGGCUCAUCAGCAGCCAAUGCAUGAGAAACAAGCUCCAGUUGUACAGCAGCAGUCAAAAGCAGACUAAAAUCCGGAUGUUAUGGUGCAUCCAGCCAAAUGAGCGGAUUAGAUUAUUGACGAGUUUCUCUUGCUGUGCGCUUCACAAAUCAUCAUAACAAAAUAAAACACCGUCGUGUAUUCGCAAUCA